UUAAUGUUACUUUCUCAGACGCUGUCUAAAAACACGUCCAAAUGCCCGUCCUGUUAGAAGGCUCUCAAGAUUUAAGUGUUGAGUUUGACAAGAUGGAUUUGUGGCGGAGGCUUUCUGCAAAGGUGCUACAUGUUCUGAUCCUCCUGUUCCUCUUUCCUUUCGCCCAGCAGAUAUUGUCAGAAACACUUAAUGUAUAUUAUUUGAAAUCGCCAGUCAUCGUUACUGUUGGUUCUGUUGCUGAGCUGACUUUCCACUUCUCCCCUGUAAUCGGCACUGAGCAUAUGACGAUACGGAUUUACAAAUCUUCCUCUACAUUGCCUCUGCUUCUAUAUAGCCAGGGGAAAGUGUCGACAGAAACAGAACAAAAUAGAACAACUUUCGCAGUGGAGAGUCUAAAAUCUGGAAAAAUUUUGCUACAAAUCCAUAAGGUUAUCCCUUCUGAUGAAGGCAUUUAUCAAUGCCAAGUCCAGUCUGGCAGCCGAACGGCAACUAUUUCACUGGAAGUCUUGGUGACAGCUUUCGGUACUGACCCUAUGAUCCGAUUGAUUGAUUAUUCCAAUGAAGGGAUUACUGCUGUAUGCGAGUCUAAAGAAUGGUAUCCUGAGCCAAAAAUGAUGUGGAAGGACAGCAAAGGAAAAGCUUUGAUGGAGUCAGAUACUCAAAAAACCACCUCUCCGUUGGGAUUGUUUACAGUAAAGUCUUGGAUAGAAAUCAAUUCUAGUUUAUCUGUUUCCUGCUAUGUCAAAACUCACCUACUGAACGAAGGAAAACAGCUAACAAUUUACGUCUCAGAUAAUAUGUAUAACAGAGUAAACAGAUGUGGGGUCUCUGUGUUUAUCGGGAUUGCUGCAGGGAUCCUAUGUUUGCUUCUCGUUGUCGGAUGGUUUUCAUUCCAACAAUUUAUUGUAAAACAACAACUAGAAGAUAAACGUUUCAGGGAAUUAGAGGAUGCAAUAAGAGAAUUGGUGGACAUGGCCUUAGACCCAGAAACUGCUCACCCCCGGAUCAAUGUGAAAGAAGGUGGCCAAAAUGCCAAGUACAUGCAAAACGCAGAAGGAGCAAGGUGUGAAACUUGUGUUCAAGCACGAGAAAAAUGUACAACGUGUAUGUCCAGGAUUCAAAAGCCGCAUGACAAUAACUCCAAAAGAUUCCGGAAUAAUUUAUUCGUUCUUGGAAAGACUGAAAUCACAGGAGGCGUUCACUGUUUUGAAUUCUGGAUCGAUAACGAAUGCGGUAUUAUUGGCGUUUGCAAACCAUCAGUGCAGAGAAACGAGAGAAUAGAUUUAAUUAACGGUAAGAACGUUGAAGGUAUACGUGCAGCGCAGCUUUAUUUGCAUUUCAAUUUUCACGACAGAUCACCUCAUUUAAGAAUGUACUUGGAUUGCGAUUCCGGAAACAUGAUAAUAAUUGAUACCAUGGUAACAAAGGACAGCCUAACGUUCAUUGCUGAAGAAAUCAAGCUUCAAGAUGAAGGAAUGUUAUUUUUUGUAGGGUUUACCGGAUACAAUGAAUUUAGUUUUCUUCAAAAUGACUGA